AUGGCAACAGUGGCUUCCACUUCGGUAAUGAACGGCCAUGAACCUGAAAGGGAGCCUAGGGCGGACCAUAGCCCUUCUCGAUUUACUGCAGUGAAUGGAAAAGAGGCCUUGAUUACCGUGGGGGCUGUGCCGACGCUGGCUACCAGUGGUUCCUCAAGCAAUGAGGAGCAUCGUGACUCCUCCGACAUCUUAGUACGAAACGGUUUUGAUACAAAGCCUCGCCUUGACGAACAAACGCAAGGAAACGGAAACUCUGGGGGCAGCGAAACCGCAAAUGAGCAAGAUGAUCAGCACUCACAGCGGUCGCCGUCCGUGAGCGAAUCGCCUGUCUUCAACAAAAGCAAACGGAAGAGAUCUGAAUCCGAGGAACAAGAAGAGGCGCGUAGCGCGCCAAUCAAGGCUCCCAAAAGCCCAGCUUUGCGGGCAGAUGAUCCAAUGGACCCUGAUGCCCAGGCAGCUACGUCGAAUGAAGUUGGUGUGUCCCAGGGGGAAGGUAACGUCAACAACUCCUCCCCAUCUAUGCAUCCUCGAGCGGAGGAAAAUGGUAGUGGCAUUCGAACACCAUCGGCGAACACACCAUGGCACGACUAUGAUUCUCAUCUGGUACAUCAGGCUCAGCGUGCACAACAGAUUGACGCUUCUGAUGCUCAAUUGGCUGAGGCACUUCAGCGCGAGGCCAAUGGUCAUGAUCCGUCUCAAAAGAAUUGGGGCUCUAGUAAUCGUGCAGGGGAAGGAUCUGCACAGAUCGAGCAAUCAUCGUCAUCAUCUGCUCUUCCUCAGGAACGGCCACAGGCAGCAGUGCAGGUUGCGCCGAAGAGGAAGCGCGUCUUCAGCAACCGAACUAAAACUGGCUGCAUGACAUGCCGAAGGAGGAAAAAGAAGUGUGACGAACAGCACCCUGCUUGUAAUAACUGUAUCAGGGGAGGAUUUCUUUGUGAAGGCUAUUCGUCUCGAAGCACUUGGCAAAAACCUUCGAACUCAAAGACACCGGUUCCUCUACAGUCAAAGGAAGGCUAUCUGGAUGUCAAUACCCAGUACGUGCAUGAUAUAAGCCAGCAGCAUGACCGGCAACAAACAUUGACGGAACAACUUGACCCCGGGAAAAUAAGGUCCAUUGUUGUUGAUGAAAGCGACCGCACAACUACUCAAUUCAAUACAAGCCCCACUGGAACUGGCUCAGGUCGCGGUCCUUGGACGAAACGCACCUGGGGAAACACAACUCACCCUGCCUAUAUGUCGGACCACGUGGCGAAGUCUGAUUAUCGCGAAGUGCCCCCGAUUCAUGAGCUAUCUCGCGAAACCCAUCCUAAGUCUGAUUUUCCAAUUGUUCCUUCCAUUAGGGAGCUCCCUCAUGGAACCCAUUCCAAAGCCGGGGGCGUGCCGCUUUUCCAGGGCGGAAUUGACCAACGACCAGCACAUUCUGGGAAUGUGGACACCAGUAGCCCACAGGCUCAGGCCCGAAUGGCUCUCAACAUCGAGCAUCAGCUGUCUACUCGUACGGUAUCUGCUGAAGACACCGAAAAGGAUAAGAUGAUACGUGGUGACCUCUACCGGCCUUACGAUGUCCACCUAGUGGAAGAGAGGGAUCGCUGCAAAGCCGCCUUAUGGCGUUUUAACAAUGCUUGCAACCCUAUAUCUGGAUUAAGCACAAAGGAGCAAGGCCGGCUACUGAAGGAGGUGCUUGUUCCUCCGGGCUCAGUUACCAGUCCACCUCCAGGUGUAGCCUCGUCUCGUUCCACAGGGUCAUUAGGACAGGGCGCUAUCGUUGAGGCGCCUUUCUAUUGCCAUUACGGUUACAACGUGCAUAUUGGUGAAGAUGUCAUGAUAUCCGAGAACUGCUUAUUUGUCGACGAUUGCCCCAUCACCAUCGGUGCCCAUACAUGGAUUGGGCCCAGGGUUACGAUACUCAGUUCAAUGGCUCAUGCAAAUAUGCAAGAACGCAAGGGCUCACAAAGUCGAUAUCAAGGCCGUGCUGUUACUAUUGAGGAGGACUGCUAUGUUGGCGCUGGCAGCACGAUUUACCCAGGUGUUCGGCUACGACGGGGGGCUUAUGUUGCCCCUGGAGAGGUAGUGAAGUCUGACAUCGUAGCCUACGGUUUCCAAGGUCUAAAACCGAGUUACAUGUGA